AUGUCGUUCGUUUCGAAGCUUGCAGGUCAUGUGACCGGACAGCGCAGGUUGGACUUAACCACUGGACCUGGGGCUGAUCAGACAGGGCAAGGGAGAUCCGAGGCAGACCGCCCCCCUCCCGCCUUCCCGCCCCCAAUGUCGCGACUCCCCUCAGCGUUCACGACGGUGCUGAAAUGCGUUUCCCUUCUGCACGUCACGCACACGCGGGUGUACGAGUUCACAGAGACGAAGGGCGAGUCUAUGCUCCCGACUUUGAACUCGCACGGUGACUACGUCCACGUGUCCAAGUGGUAUCGGAACGGCAGGGACGUUCAAAUGGGCGACUGCGUUGUGUUACAAAAACCAAACGAUUCAAAUAGAAGGGUUUGUAAAAGAAUCACAGGUAUGCCCGGAGAUUACGUUUUGGUGGAUCCCUCACUAGCGGAGGAAGACACUUACCCACUGCACUACAAGGACACUAAUGGGGCAGACCCGCUUGAUAUGUACAUUAAAGUGCCUAGGGGACACGUAUGGGUUACGGGAGACAACUUGCCCUACUCCCUGGAUUCGAGAACUUAUAACGUUGUGCCGAUGGGGUUGAUUACGGGGAAAGUCGUCGCCGCAAAUGAUAUGAAUAAACCACUGUGGGACGAAGAAGGCAAGAUACUAGGGUUUAGAAAAGUGGGGAACACUUUUGUCGACGCUGUACAGUGA